UAUGAAUAAUUAUAAAGUUUAUUUAAGAGUGAGACCAAUCGAAUAUGAUUAAUCUAUGUUAAGUAUAGAUUAGAAUGUUAUAUCUAUAAAGGUAAUAUAUAAUGAAAAUGUUGUUAGGAUCCAACUAAUAAAUAAGCUGAAUGGCAAUAAUAUCGUUAUGAUAAGAUAUUCCCAUCAUCAUCAACAUAAUAAGAACUGUUUGAAAGUGUGUUAAGUUUUGAUUAUGAGAAUAAGAAUGCUUGUAUAUUAUCUUAUGGACAAUCAGGCAGUGGUAAAAGUUAUUCAUUAUUUGGAAAUAUUCAAAAUCCAGGAAUCGUUCCAUUAUUAAUAUAACAAAUUUUAUAAAAGGGUUAAAAUGUUUAAGUUUCAUUUUAAGAGAUUUAUGUAGAUUAAAUAAGAGAUUUAAAUACAAAUCUAAUAACUGAAGAAUUUACAAAACGAUAAAUAAUGUUAAUUAAUGAUUUUUGGGAAAUGAUCAAAAUUCUUAGAACUACAGAUAUCAAAAGAUAAAUGAGAACUCAUAUAAUACUUACUUUAGAGAUCAAUUCUAAUACUAGAUUAUAAUUUGUAGAUUUAGCAGGAUCAGAAAGAGUAGCAAAAAAUAUAACUGAAGGAGAGAAAUUUUAAGAAGCAAUUAUGAUAACUGCUAGUCAUCAAGUUCUUAAUCGUUGUUUAAAUUCAUUUAAUCAAAAUUCUAAUAAAAUAUUACCAAAAAAAGAAUCUAAAUUAACAUCUGCAUUAAUAAUUGAUAAUAAUACAUAAGUUAUUUUAAUUGGAACUAUUAAUCCUAGUUAAUCAAAUUAUGAAGAGUGUUUAUUAACAUUAUAAUAUUUAGAUAGAACUAAAAAUAUUUAAGUUUCUUUUAAAAAAUAAUAAUCUAUGUUAGGAUUUGAUACUUAAAUUAAUGUACAAUAAGAAAAAGAAAUUAAAAAAUUAAAAGAUGAAAUUGAAGAAUAUAAAAUUAAAGUUGAAUAAUUAAAUACUGACAGGAAAAAAAGAUUUUAAGAAUUAUAAAGACUUUUAGGAUUAGAUAUUGAUCUAGAAAGACUCUCUGCCAAAAAUGCUAAAGAUAUUACCAUUUUUAAAAAUUAAUAAGAAGCUUUACUUAAAAAUGUAAGUUUAUCAUAAUAAAUUGAUGAAUAUCAUUAUGAAAAUGCAUAAUUGAAAAAAGAAAUAGAAGAUAUGAAAAAAGAUACUCAUUCUAAAUUAGAGAGAUAUUAAUAAUAAAUAUUAGAAUAAAAAGAAAUCAAUAGAAAAUUAAAAGAUCAAUUAUAAUUAUCAAAAAUGAGUGGAGAUGAUGCACUUAGAUUAUUAUCUUCAGAAAGAGAUCAAUUUAUUAAAAAAUUAUAAGAUGAAUCCAAAAAUUUAUUAGAAGAUAAGGUAGCUUCAAUUCUUAAUUUACCAUAAACAGCAUAAACCAAAAAUGUUGAAAAUUAAAAACUUUAAGAAUUAAAAAAGUAAAUCAAAACAGAAAUUGAAAAAGAAUUCAGUAAAAGUUUAGAUAUUAUUAAAACUGAAUAUAAUAAAUCAUUAGAUCACUAUAAAUUUUAAUAUGAGCAAAAGUUAAGUGCUAAGGUAGAUGAAAUUGAAAAUUUCCUUGCUUAAUUCAAAAAAUAUAGAGAGAAAAAAAAGUAAUCUUAAUUAGAAUAAUUUUAGAUCUUAAAUUAAUGAGAUUGUUGAUGAAUUAUUAGAUUUAUAUGAUAUUAUAACUAAGCAAAGUAAAGUUAUUGAUAAAAUUGAAACUGGAGGAUAUAGUGGAGGAUUGAAAUCAUUUAGUAUUCCUAAAUAGGAUAAACCUAAUAUGCCAAAUAAAAUUAAGCACAAAAAGUAUCAAUUUAUUUUUUACCAUUAAUUUAGUUUGUUUCAUUUUUUAGAUACUCAAAGUGUAACUGCUACCUUGACCAAAAAAGCUUCAACUGUUGAAAAAACUAUUAAAACAGCUACCAAAUAAUUACGAUAAUCAUAAAGCUAAAUUAUAUUGGAAAUUGAUUAUAAUCAAUUAGAUUCAAUUAACUUUAUGUCCAUGGACUUUAGUACUGUGAGGACUUAUGCUAAUAAACUUAGAGAAAUGAUCAAAGAACUUUAAGAGUAAAUUAAUGUAAACACAGAUAAAUUUAAAUAACAGUUAGCUUAAAUUUAAAGAGGUAAAAUUGUAUAUUUUUAGAUUUUUAAAGAACGUGACGAUGCCUUAUAAAAGUAUAAUAUGGAAAGUAGAAAAUACAAUUAAACUAGAGUUGUUAUAGAAUCAUAAAAUAGAAUUAUAUCUAAAGUUAGACCACUUAGUUCAGUUUAGAGGAAAUAGUGA